CGCGCCCUAUCAAGUUCGGUCUUCUUAUCUCUUACCUCAUGGUCUAUGUAUAUACGUCAUUGGAACUCACAGCACUGAUACCUACGCGCAUAUCCAUGCUACAACAUGCUUUGCAAUUCAAAAUGGACUGCGUCGUAAAAUGCUUCAAAGCAUUAAAUGGACUAAAUCUAAAGUAGUAUCUAACAGCUGAUAUGAAUUGAUAUCAGUCACGAUCAAAAUAUUCAACGGAGAGGACGUUAUCGCGGAUAACAUGACAAAGGAACAGCAUCAGUCGUAUUGCUGAAUAAGGAUUUAUAGAAGAGUCCCUGUAGGUUAUGCAAAGAUCUUUAACUGUCAAAGUUCUUACGACAAAAUGGAGAAACACAUGCAUUUAUGGAGAGACGCUGACAAAUUGUCUUUCACAUUCGAUGACAAGCCGAACGGCAUUAUCUGCAAACUCGUUACUAUUAAAGAUCACAUUUUUGUAGCCACUACAACUAAUAAUCUAUACCAUGGGGAAGUGUCCUUUCAGAAAGAUACUUGCCCCAUAAUUACUUUUAAGAGGGCUCAAUUCGAUGUUAUUGACGUAGCAUCCAAUUCUGAGCAUUUGUUCAUUGUAAAUACUAAUGGACAUGUUUUGAAAGUAAAUCCUCAGGACAUGAAUGUUGUAGAUACGAUCAUUCUUAAGGAAGAGGUGAAAUAUUGUAGCCAUGGGUUUAAAGAAGAAAAUGAAAUAGUAAAAAUCAAGUCUGUAGCGGUUAGUGAUAACGCAGCAUUAUUUGUUACGGAAAAUGGACAACUCUGGGCAAGUGGUGGUCAACCACAAAUAGAUAUAAAUAGUAUAGAACCAAAGAAAGUUAGAUUUUUUGAAGGAAGGACAGUGUCUGAGGUAGCUUGUGGCUCGAAUUUUAACGCAGUCACAGUAAGAAAAACCACUAAACUUAUAAAAGAUGAUACAGAUAGUGAAAACGAUCUUGAAGAGGAAGUUUUUAUUAAUUCUUGCCCACAAUGUCUUAACAAUGUUAUGUUGAGUCCUGGAAGUGUAACAUCAUCGGAUACAUGUCCCACUGGUCUCCAUGCACAGCAGUUUAGCGAAGAUCGUUCUACCAAUUCCAUCAGUGCUCUGUCCACUGCCAGUAAAGAACACAUUCCUCUGCCAGAAAUGGACAAGAAGGAGAAUCAUUCUAAUAUCAUUGAGAAUGGUGGGGAAUGUCUGAAUGAUGUGGUAGAUUCCGAGAAGGAUGAGAAGAGAAACAUGAUAUUUAUAAACACAGAGAUUGCCCGACAAUUUUUAACUAGACAAUUGUCGUGGGUUUCAUCGUAUGGAAGUGCCCAGGAGGAUAUACCACUGGAAGGUGUUGAUCGGCCAACAAGAUUAAUCAAGCAAAACGUAUCAAAUAUGGCGAAUUUGGUAUAUGAAGGAGUUAAAAACGUAGGUGGUAAAGUUGUAACUCUAUCUAGGCAUAUGAGUGGAAGUUCCGACAUUAAUGAAUCCAAAGCCGAUAGCAAUGAGAACUUGGAAGAGCAAGGUAACAGUUGUACGAAGCCUACCACGACCAGUUUAGCACUGAGCUUGCGUUGCGAGGAGUUCCCCUGGUCGUCGAGCACGGGCUCCUCCGAGCACGAGUUAUCUCAGCAAGGCUUGAAUGAGAGGAUCAACGCGUUGUCCCGCACUGGUAGUAAUAUAUUGGCGACAGAACUCUGGACAUGGGGUGAUGUACAAUAUGGACAGUUGGGAACGGGAGAUAAUAUUAAACGGCCGAGGCCAGUAUUAGUAGGAAAGCUUAGCCACACUGGGAUCAGAAAGAUAUCGUGCGGUGCCUUCCAUGUGCUCGCCUUAACAUUAGAUGGCAGAGUUUUCGCAUGGGGCCGUAAUAAUUAUAAGCAGGUGACUUUGUACACUACAACCGAUCAGAGCGCUCCUCAGCUGUUCGCCACCAAGUUAACAUCGAACGAAAGGGCUAUUGACAUGGCAGCUGGUAAUUUCCAUACUCUGGUGAUGAUGCAUCAUGGUUUAUACUUCAUGGGGCAAUCGAGCAAAACUGGAGAUAUGUUUCAUCUCGACAUACAAACUAAAGAUGAAUCGAACAGCCCAAGGGAAAUUUUCAGUUGUGGACAAUACAGUUGUUGUUCUAUGAUAAACGAGCCAACAAUAAACGUAUCGGAAGAUUUAGUAAAUGACCAGAUCUUUCUAGAGGAGAUGUUGACCGUUUAUCAGAAUUUAAUUAAGCCAUUUCAAAAGAAGAGUGGUAGCACCCAGGAAGCCAAUGUAUACGAAACAUUGUGUCGUUGUUAUGCAGAGCUAAUGCACUUUAGUGUUUUAAAUGUCAUAAGCUUAUGGGAUUACUUCAAUCAUAUUGGAGAAGCAUAUGAGGUCGCAAUUGUUGCCAAUAUAGAGGAAUUUAUUACGGUGUAUAAAUAUUAUAUAAAUGCUGUUUGCGAUGUUAUAUCUCUCGGUGGUUUUAUGCAUAUUGCAAAACUUAUUGAAGUGCCACAAGUAGUAUCAAAUUUAUUUAUAGACAAUCCAAAAAGUAGCGAUAUAAAAAGAAAUAACAAUGAACUUGUUAUAACGAUGGCAUUACAACAUCCUCUGUGUAAACUACAUAGGUACAAAAAUAUGAUACAUAGUUUAAUAAAAAGCAACGGCACGAGAAUGGGUGUCGAACGAUUACAAGAGGCUCUUGUAAAGUGGGAGCAGGUGCACGAUGAACAGGAGAAACGUCAAAAAGAGGCGGAAGCUACGAAAUUGUUCUGGGAGAGUUCCGGCAAGUUAGGAGAAUUAUUGAAAUCUCCCGAUAGGAGACUGAUUAGAGAGUCGAAAACUUACCCGCUAUCGAUACUUAAUUCUGGCAGAUUUUCAUCUCAUUGGUUCGCUUUAUUGACGGAUAUUUUUAUACAUGUUACCGGCACUACGUAUACGGUACAUCCACUUCGAACAUUAUGGGUAGAACCCUUACCGGACUCCGAAAAUGUACAGAACGCUAUGUCGAUUGUCACGCCGGAAGAUAACUUCGUAUUGUAUACUCCUACUCCUUCCGAACGUAAUGAGUGGUUGCAUGCUUUGCAAAAUACUAUAAAAUACAGUUUGCAACGAGUGAUCGGAAAUAUGCCUCCAUUAGCGCGGUCAAGCUCAUUCUUUUUCACAAAGCAUAAUAUUUUUAAGGAUGCAACAUAUACAGGACGAUGGCUAAAUGGUAAACCACAUGGCUCUGGAAAACUGGAAUGGUCUGAUGGUCGUACAUAUGUAGGGCAGUUCCAUAAAGGUGUUGUUCAUGGUACUGGCAAAAUGGAAAUUCCAGUGCAGGGUGUGUAUGAAGGUCAAUGGAAGGAUGGCCAGCAAAACGGAUACGGAACUAUGAAAUACGUCAACGGAGAUUUUUACGAAGGGUACUUUAAAGAUGGAUUACCUCACGGCCACGGUGUCAAAAAGGAAGGACAUUUUAUGGCAUCAGUUGCAUCUGUUUAUAUUGGAGAGUGGGCCGCUGGUGUUAAACAAGGCUAUGGAAUAAUGGAUGAUAUUAUGACAGGUGAAAAAUAUCUUGGAUCGUGGAGUAAUGGAAUGAAACAUGGCUGUGGUUUAAUUGUGACACUUGAUGGCAUUUAUUAUGAAGGUGUUUUUACGCAAGAUGUCUUAACGGGUUAUGGAGUUAUGGUGUUUGAAGAUGGCACGCAUUAUGAAGGCGAAUUUAAGUCUGCUGGUAUAUUUUACGGGAAAGGUACCUUAACAUUUCGAAGCGGCGAAAAGCUAGAAGGUAAUAUGAAUGGUGCUUGGAAUGAAGGUGUCAAAGUUAUUGCCACGUUACACAUGAAUAAAAGCGGUGGAACUGUGCAACCUAAUACAAAACCGGCAUCUUUUGGAAAACUAUGUGUAUCCCCAGAUCAAAAAUGGAAGGCAAUAUUUAAACAGUGCUAUCAGCAACUUGGUAUAUCCGAGUCAGUCACCAAAAAUUCUAGCUACAAUGAAAAAUCUAUAGAGACGCAAAGAGUGUGGCAAAAUGUCGCUAGCAUAAUAACAAAGUCUCAUCAAAGGACACUGCAACGAAAAAAGCUCUCGGUAAAUGCAUCAAAUGCAAAAGAAAGAAACAGUGAAACAAUUGAUCAGUUGGAUAAGAUCCCGUGCUUUGGACGUGACAAACUCACCAGUCAGACCUACAAUGAAGUCCAUAAAUAUUUAGUGAAAGCUUUUGAGAGCCCACAUCAUCCAUUAGGUGCUCUCUUGACUGAAGUAGCUGCGGUAUACACGGCUACAUAUGGUGGAGUGAGAGUACAUCCAUUGUUACUUAGUCAUGCAGUAUCAGAGCUUCACAGUAUUACAACAAGGAUAUAUGAGAUAGUACUUCUUUUAUUCCCAGCUUUACCACGUUGUGGGAAAGAAUAUGUUCUCGAAAUUGAUGGUAAAGAAGAAGAACAAGUCAUAAGCGCUGCUGCGAUACUUCAUCCGAUAUUACUGCCACGUGUACACUCAGCACUCUUUGUAUUAUAUGCCUUACAUAAUAAAAAGGAAGACGACGCGUAUUGGGAAAGAUUAAUGAAAUGGAAUAAACAACCUGAUAUAACUCUAAUGGCCUUUCUCGAAAUUGAUCAGAAAUUCUGGAAAACUACAAACGUAAUGAACAUCACAGAUAACUCAUUACCGUAUCAACACGAACCUUAUUUCAGUGAUGCUAUAGAAACUUUACAGCAGCUUAAAACAACCUUUUCACCUUUAGAAAAAUUGUUAGUGGUCAGGAGUACAUUUGAACAAAUGACACAAGCAGUACAAAAACAAUUAGGAUCUACGUAUUUGUGGACGAUGGAUGAACUUUUCCCGGUAUUCAGUUUUGUCGUAGUACGUGCUAGUGUAUUACAAUUAGGGAGUGAGAUACAUUUUAUUGAGGAUUUCAUGGAACCAUAUUUGCAAAAUGGCGAACUUGGUAUCAUGUUCACUACUCUUAAGGCAUGUUACUACCAGAUAUUGCAAGAGAAAACAAACAUGGGCGAUUAAAAUUACAAAUAUAUGGUACAAUAAAAUUUCAAACUGAUGAAAUAUAUAUACGUGAAAAUAGUAUCAAACUCGAGAAACAAUAUGGUAGGAUAAAUAUGGAUAUAUGGAUGAAAAGUAUGCUGGCUGAGAUUUUAGCAUAAAAAAAUCCACAAGUCUCAAAUUAUUAAAUCAGAUUUUAUAAGUCCAUUUUCAUUUACAAUUCAUUUACGUAGGCUUAUUUUCAUCAAGUCCAUGAAAGGUUAUUACAACAAAAUGUAUUAUGAAAGUGAUAAACUGCAUUUAUGCUGUACAAUAGAGUUUUUAUCAUCUUAACUACAUACAUAUGUAGAGAGUAAGGUGAAAUAAGAAAUUAAUAUAACAUAUCAUUUUAUUAAAAACAAUUCGUCAUUACAAAAGUAUACAUAAGUUUAUUGAAUAUUUGUGUGUUAUGUGUGAGUUGCAUGUAGAAAUUGGAUUUCAGUACUUCCAAUUAUCUAUUGUUUAAAAAUGCGUAUGUUAAAUACUAUAUAAAGUCAUAAAGUAACUAUAUAAAAAUUAUAUAUAGCUCAAUUUACAAAAAAGAUUAAAAGUUAUCUUCUUCCACACAUACCUGAAUUAAAGAUUAAAUAUAGUAAUUAUAUAUUAUAAUGAUCAUUAUUCGUUGUUACUAUUAAUAGAAAUAAUUAUUAUUAAUGUUUUAGUUACUGUAUUGAUAUUUUGAUUUUGUUUUAUGUGAGGAAUAAUAAGAUAUAUAUCAUAAAGCUUAUUUUUUCAAUCAAUUUUAAAGUCAAGUUAUUGACAGUAGAAUAAUUUUAAGUUAUUGACAGUAAAAUAUAUCACGGUAGUAGCCUCUUUUGUUAAAAAAAAUAACGCAGAUAUAAAAGACAUCUGUAAAAUAUUUUCUAAAUAAUGAGAUAUUAGAUAACUAUAAAAAUAUGUAAGGCCUUUUACAGUUUAAAUAGACAUUUUUUUUAUGUGACUUACACUUAUAAUAUUACAUGCUUGUGUAUAUAAUUUCUAAAUUAUUUAUAUUUUUAGUACUCAGUCAUAACCAGUAUUUUAAUAUUACAUAAAUACAAAGAGGACACAAAAUAUGAGAAAACAGUACAUGGGAUAUAUAAUAUUAUAAGAAAUAAGAGAGAGAAAGAUAAUAUAUAUAUGAAUUAAUUAAUGUUAAAAUUUAAAUUAUAGGCUAUGUAAAACACUUACACAUUAACAUCAAACUUGUUAAAGUUGUUUUGUUGUUUCUUAAAACACAUACACACACAUAUUAAUAUGUUCCCUAAAAAAUAUGUUUAUUGUUUUGUUCUUAUUUCAUCCGUACAUAAAUUAUAUAUGUGAUAUUAGUUAAAGAAAAGGUCUAAAACCACCCCCCUCAACUAGCAUGUACCUGAAACAUAUUCUUUGUAUUAACUCAGAGAAGAGCUCGUUCUCUCAUUCAACAAAUUUUACAUAUUUUAAAUAUAUAUAAAUAUUUACUCACGAUUAUAUCUAUUUUAAAUUGUAUGAUUUAAUUACUUCUGCUUGUUUUGUUUUACUAAGUUUAAAGAACUUACAAAAUAAUUGUACAUGUAGCAUAUUUUAUCAAAAUUUUAUUAACAUAUAAAUUAUUACGCGUCUAUUUUUACAAGAUAGUCACGGCUUCUAUCGAGUUAAUAUGUUAGAGAUAUACAAUCAUUGUUUACAAUCCUGUACACGUUUCAUAAUACUUUGAUAUCGCAAAUAAAAUUAAUAUAAAUCAAAAUUAUUGACAUCAAAUUAUAAUAUAAGAGAUUAGCCAAAUAUUUUACAUUGUGUAUGUUUGGGAGCAUUCAUCGCAUUCGAUUAAAAUAUUUAAGAUCAGAUUUUAUCAGGCAUCAAUCAAUUUUAAAAUAGAUUCAUUUCUCUGGACUGGCGUAAAUCCAAAAAGUUGUACCACAUGAAUAUCAUUAUGCGGGUUAUUUAUUUAUGUACUGAUAUUUGAAAAAAAAAUGUAUACAACAGGAUAUUAAUUAUGUAUUAUAUAUAAAUAACGUAUGUAAUAAAUAAGACUAUUAAAGAUCGAGAGACUAUACUACAAGUAUA